GUCUUAGAUUAUCUUAAUAUAAAUUCUGAUCAAGAAAUGUAGGGUCGACCGCCAAUCUUCUAUGAGAAAAUUAAGUUAUUGAUGCCACAUCAGGUCUGCAGAAAAUCAUGGCGCUUUCAUUUCGUCCUGGUGGGUACGAAGAUGAAGAUGACGAUUUUGACGGUGAUGGAUUCUAUUUAAGUGGGAAUGCAGACGGGGAUAACUUGAAGCCGAAGCCAUUCGACCCAACUGCAAGUAGUGGUGAUGCAGCUGCUACAGGGCCUAGAGGAGGCUUUGGAAAACCCUCUGCACCAAAGAAAAGGGAACCAGUCAAAACGUAUAAGAGGGCAUCAGAUUUAAGAGAUGAAGCCGAGACAAGGCCUCUGAAUAUCGGAGACUUCCAGAUGGCAAUUGUAAGAGGGCAUUCAGAUCGAGUGAAGCAGUACAUGGACCUAGGAUUUAAAGUGGAUACUGAAUUGAAGAGUGGCUGGACAGGGUUGAUGUAUGCUGCAAACAAUGCCAACUCUGAUAUUGUUAAACUGCUGCUAGAUAGUGGUGCCAAUCCAAAUUUUCAGAAAGACAUGUACACUGUAUUGAUGGCAGCGUGUGGUGCGGGUGGGUAUCUUGAAGAUGAUGUGUUGGCAGUUGUUGAGUUGUUGCUAGGUAAAGGAGCUGAAGUCAAUGCCUAUGACAGGUACCAUACAUCUCCUAUAAUGUAUGCGGCUAGAGAAGGUCGUGAUAAGGUCGUACAAAAGUUGUGUGAAGCAGGGGCUAAUGUAAACAAACAGGAUAAUAGAGGCUGGACGGCCCUUACAUGGUCAGUAAGCAAAAAGCAUAAGGAUGCAGCCAGAUGCCUGCUGUCAUGGAAAGCAGAUCCCCGUAUGAAGCAUUGUAAUGGACAGACAGUAAUAGACAUGGCAGAAACUAAUUCCAACUACGAGAUGUUAGAAAUACUGGAAGGUAAAAAGCGUGAACAUACUAUGGCAGAACCAGUAAUACAAGCAAAUAGUAGGAGUUCUAGUCAGCUUCAAGAUACAAGCUCAAAGGAGUCGUAUAGUACAACAUAUGGAACAACAUACGGAGAUCUGGAGUUAUUUCUGUGUGGUCUGGAUCUCAGUUAUCUUGUAGAUGUUGUACGUGGUCAUCAGAUAGAUUUUAGUACCUUCCUACGCCUCACAGAGGAAGAUCUUGUCAAGAUGGGAAUAGAUAAGCUAGGUGUGAGGAAGAAGAUCCUUGAUGGGAUACAUUCAGUGCAUAAAAAGGAGUGGGAGAAAUCCAGUCUACCUCAGUUACAGUAUAACAAACAAAUCAGUUGUGCAGAAGCGCUGGCAGUUGUAGCAAAUAUUUCCAAGCAUACAAAGUAUAUUACUAGUACAGUAGGAUUUCUACAAGACCAGAUCAAAUCUAAUCCCAAAAUCCUCGACCAACUACAGGAUGGAACAGGACCUAAGCAGCUGUUUCAACAUACCCAGGAUACUCUACGUAAUGUAUCAUCUCUGGAAAAACAGUUCCAAUCACUCAAAAUUCACUUACAAAAGACGUUAGAAAAUGGGAACUAUAACCCACCAGAUUUACUAGACAAGGACAGUCCAUGUAAAUUAAAGAGAAGGUCAAGGUUACCAGUAUUUGUUGCUGUGGCAACCACUGUAGCUGUGAUUGUUUGGAAGAGAGAUUUCCUGUGGAAUAAGUUAGAGAAGCUUCUACCAUCUUCUUAGCAGAGGUUUUUGCUAAUACUUCAGUGAGAUCUAGUCGUAGUGUUCCUGAACAGUACUCAAGUCUUACAAGGAGCCUGUAGGUGUCAAGGAAUGCAGCUUAUUCAUUAAAAUUGUAUAACUUUUUAAUAAGUAAUUUUAAAUGAAAUCAAGGCACAUGUACUCUUUAUCAUGCUGCACUGUAAAAUCAUUCUGUUCUGUGAAUGAAAAAUUGUAUUAUUUCUUUAAAAAAAUGAAUGGCUAUUUUGUUGGGACAAGAAUUCACAGGUCUUAGGUAGUAUAAGAUACAGUUACAGUUACAGCUCAAACUCGGUAUCUCAAAUUCCAAGGGAUUGAGCGUUUUACCUCAGAUAACCAAAAUUCGACUUAAAUUUAUAUUUUGUGAACGUGUUUUAGGGACGGGACUUUAAAUUGUCUUCGAAAUGGCUUCAGUAUUGAGAUAAUUAUGUGAGUUUAAGAUAACAAGUUUCAACUGUAUUUUAUUUGUUCAUUGGAAUUAAGUUUCUUGGUUUAUGACAAGCUUGAAGUCUAUGAGAACUUGUCAACCACAAAUAUAAAUGAUUUUGUAGUAUUUGUUUUAAGGCGUGCCAUGUCCAUGUGUAUGCUUCCAUUCUCCGUUAUGCAGAAAGCAACUGCUUGCCACUAAGUCUUUUGAGAAUCUUCAAGGAAAUGUUAACACAAAAGCACGUUUGACAUUACUGAGGUUAAUUUUGUUUGUUGUUGUUAUUUUGGGAUAUGAGGUUUUAAAUUGCCUUGAUUGAGUGAAAAGGUUUCCACCGACUUUGUUAAAUUUUGUCUUACAAAGCAUUAAAGUACAGAACUGUUUAAAAAGACUGUACUUUUUACAAGGUAACCAGAAACUAUAUAAAAGAGGUUGUUAUUUCAAGAUGUGUUUGAAGAGAAAAAAAUAUUGCAGAAAGUUUUUGACAAAUUGUAUGAGUUGCUAACUGUAUCUAAACUAACAUGUUUGAAACUUUAUAUUUUAAGGUUAUAGAAGAACAUUUUGAAUGCGUACAGCUAAAAUUUGUGAAAAUUGGAAUAAGUUUAAUUUAUCUGUACGGUUUUUAUUUGUACACCUGUACAGUAUUUGUACACCUGUAUGGUAUUUGUACAGUAUUUGUACACUUGUAUGGUAUUUGUACAUCUGUACGGUAUUUGUACAUCUGUACGGUAUUUUUACAUGAAUGAAAUAACAACCUUGAUCAGUUGUGAUGAAAGGAAGUAUGAAGGCAUGGUCACAAUUAGUAUGAGGCCUACAUUAUGUCUAGUUUAUACCCCCUUUAAAUGGUUUAUUAUUUUCAACAAGAACACAUUUACUGAUACCUGUUUUAAUCAGAGACAAAUAUUUUGGACAAGUAUUCAACAACAUCUAUUUGGUGUGAGAGCCAGAAUUUAACAUGGAAGACUGUUCAGCAUUUUUAAUACAGUUAAUAUUCUCAAUAAGGAAUUCAGUGGUUGAGUGCUGCAGCAGAGCACAUUCUGUUUUAGCACGUUUUAUCCUGUUACACACAUGACAAAAAAAUCUUGUUACACCUUCGACAAAAUAUCCUGUUACAUUGACACAAGAUAUUAAAUGGUACUAACAAGUUAAAAGGGACUGGCAGUGAAGUUUUCACUUGUCAGGUACAUCAAUUAUCUGUUCUCCUGUUGGCUGAUAUUCUUUAUAUGGUACAUAAACCUGAAUGAAGGUCAAGGUCAGAUUCAAAACUAGGUCUUUUGGGUUCUACAACCAGAUAACUGGGUCAGAUAAGUAGAGAAACUUUGUUGAUACAAGGCCAAUUUUUUUUAAUUUUCCUUUAUGCCAUUAUAUUCUAUCUGACGAAAUUGGUCAGAAUGUUUUUUUAGCUCACCUGUCACAAAGUGACAAGGUGAGCUUUUAUGAUCGCGCAGUGUCCGUCGUCCGUGCGUCCAUCCGUGCAUAAACUUUUCCUUGUGACAUCUCUAGAGGUCACAUUUUUCAUGGGAUCUUUAUGAAAAUGGGUCAGAAUGUUCAUCUUGGUAAAUUCUAGGUCAAGUUCGAAACUGGGUCACAUGCCGUCAAAAACUAGGUCAGUAGGUCUAAAAAUAGAAAAAGCUUGUGACCUCUGUAGAGCUCUUAAUUUUCAAUGGAUCUUCAUGAAAAUUGGUCAGAAUGUUCACCUUGAUGAUAUCUAGGUCAAGUUUGAAACUGGGUCACAUGCCUUCAAAAUCUAGGUCAGUAGGUCUAAAAAUAGAAAAACUUUGUGACCUCUAGAGGCCAUAUAUUUCACAAGAUCUUCAUGAAAGUUGGUCAGAACGUUCACCUUGACGAUAUCUAGGUCAAGUUCGAAACUGGGUCACGUGCCGUCAAAAACUAGGUCAGUAGGUCAAAUAAUAGAAAAACCUUGUGACCUCUCUAAAGGCCAUAUUUUUCAUGGGAUCUGUACGAAAGUUGGUCAGAAUGUUCAUCUUGAUGAUAUCUAGGUCAAGUUCGAAACUGGGUCACGUGGGGUCAAAAACUAGGUCAGUAGGUCUAAAAAUAGGAAAACCUUGUGACCUUUCUAGAGGCUAUAUAUUUCACAAGAUCUUCAUGAAAAUAGGUCAGAACGUUCACCUUGAUGAUAUCUAGGUCAAGUUCGAAACUGGGUCACGUGCCAUCAAAAACUAGGUCAGUAGGUCAAAUAAUAGAAAAACCUUGUGACCUCAAAAGUGCAGAUUUUUCAUGGGAUCUGUAUGAAAGUUGGUCUGAAUGUUCAUCUUGAUGAUAUCUAGGUCAUGUUUGAAACUGGGUCACGUGCGGUCAAAAACUAGGUCAGUAGGUCUAAAAAUAGAAAAACCUUGUGACGUCUCGAGAGGCCAUAUAUUUCAUGAAAUCUUCAUGAAAAUUGGUCAGAAUGUUCACCUUGAUGAUAUCUAAGUCAAGUUCGAAAGUGGGUCACGUGCCGUCAAAAACUAGGUCAGUAGGUCAAAUAAUAGAAAAACCUUGUGACCUCUCUAGAGGCCAUAUUUUCCAUGGGAUCUGUAUAAUAGUUGGUCUGAAUGUUCAUCUUGAUGAUAUCUAGGUCAAGUUUGAAAGUGGGUCACGUGCCAUCAAAAACUAGGUCAGUAGGUCAAAUAAUAGAAAAACCUUGUGACCUCUCUAAAGGCCAUAUUUUUCAAUGGAUCUUCAUGGAAGUUGGUCUGAAUGUUCAUCUUGAUGAUAUCUAGGUCAAGUUCGAAACAGGGUCAUGUGCGGUCAAAAACUAGGUCAGUAGGUCUAAAAAUAGAAAAACCUUGUGACCUCUCUAGAGGCCAUACUUGUGAAUGGAUCUCCAUAAAAAUUGGUCAGAAUGUUCAUCUUGAUGAUAUCUAGGUCAAGUUUGAAAGUCGGUCACGUGCCAUCAAAAAGUAGGUCAGUAGGUCAAAUUAUAGAUAAAUAAAUUAAAAGUAUGUACAGUGAUUAAACAAAAAUAAUUUACGUUCAGGGCACCAAUAAACCCUGAACAAAUAUAACAAAAUCAAAGAUUAUUUCGACGAUUUAUCACAGAUAUGCUUAAAUAACUUAAAUAAUUAAAGUUUGUACAGUGAUUAAGCAAUCUUUUUUAGGAAUUUUUACUAUUUUAUGAUUAUUUUUACUUUUUUUUUUGGUGACUAGUAAAUCACUUAAUUUACAUUAUGUAACAAUAAUUUACAUUAUUUAACAACAAAAUCAUAAUCAACCAUACUAGUCUUUUUUUUAUCAUUUUAAUAAAUAAAUUUACAAGUAGUUAACAAUGAUUGAAACAAAUAAAUUUACUAACGUUUAGGGCAGCAAUAAACCCUAAACAAAUAUACAAAUGAUCAUAACAAAAUCAAGGAUUAUUUCAACGAUUUAUCACAGAUAUGCUUAUUACAGAUUUUAGGAUUUUUUUUACUAUUUUAUGAUUUUUUUUUUCAUAUUUUUUUGGUUACUAGCCAAUCACUAAAUUUACAUUAUUAACAAUAAUUUAAGAAACGAUAAUUAAACAGACUAGUAUUUUUUUUUGGCAUUUUUUUCUUUAUCUCCUGAUAGUUUUUUUUCAGUCACUCAUUCAUUUCAAUUCUUUGGCUCUUUAAAUUUUUUAACACCUCUGUCCAGACCUUGUCCUUUAUGUUUGUUGGUGUCAGGUGCGACCAACGUUCUCUUAAGUUGUCAUCGAGUGACAAUUUUAUUUUUAUUGCCGAAACUUUCGUUUUUUUUUCAGCAGAAAUGCUUCUGCAAUUUCGCCAGCAAAAUCUGUACGAAAUUGCAGAAGCGCUUCUGCUGACCACGACCUUCUGGCCGUUAAGAAUUCAUAUUUGUCUUAUAUAUUCUGUGUGUUUGUGUUUUAUUUUUAUCCCUCAAAUUUUGAGGGACUUCAAAAAGUAGCUAAAUGGUCGUUUCUAGCAGUCAGUGUUAGCUUGAGGUAGAGCGGUUAUUAUCACAGAUGUGCUUGUUCAUAAUGUGUUAACCAGAGAUAUUUAUAUGCCUCAUAAAUAACAAUUGGUAAAGUUUAAAAUUGUUUUAUUAACAGUCAGUCGUAUGUAUUAAUUCAAUAAGAAAUAUUUCUACCAUAAAUUUCACAGGGAAACGUAGCCGAUCAGUUAUCGAGUAUGACUUUCCUUUUAGAAUGUCAAUGACAAAUAAUCAAGGGUCAAGGUCAUGUAGUUAUGGAAGAAUAAUAUUCAUUUUCAGUGAGGAAAUAAAGAAGAAAUAAGAAAAAGAUAGAAAGAUGCAACGUUUGUAGUACAUUAAAACGCCGGCUCUGUAAGUGGUACGGACUGUCCACAUGCGCAUUACAUUGCCAACAUUUAAUGCCUACACAAUGCUGUAGCUAUGGAAGAAUAAUAUUCAUUUACAGUGAGGAAAUAAAGAAGAAAUAAGACAAAGAUACAAAGAUGCAACAUUUAUAGUACAAUAAAACGCCGGCUCUGUAAGCUGUGUGGCCUUCCACACGCGCAUUACAUUGCCAACAUUAAAUGCCUACAAAAUGCUGUAGCUGUGGAAGAAUAAUAUUCAUUUACAGUGAGCAAAUAAAGAAGGAAUAGGAAAAAGAUAGAAAGAAAAGAAAUGAUUGCAUUGAUAGUUUACCCGUAUAAAACCCGUUAGCUACUGGUUGCAGUUAACCGCAACUAGUAUUCACCCCUUGGCCGCAAUGAGGCCAGUUUUCUUGCAAGGGGAAAUAAAUAAUUUCAUUAACAAUUGGUCAAUUCAAGAAAUAAAUAAUUUCAUUGACGAGAAUCAGUUAAAUAAAUAUCACAGAAAGAGUAUAAUAUUAUAUCACAGAUAUGCUUAAUAAAUAAAUCAUCUUGAACUUUUUUACUAUUACAUGAUUAUUUUGUUUCUUUUUUUGGUCACUAGUCAAUUACUUCAUUUACACAAUUACAAAGUGAUUACAUAAAUACAAAAAGAAAAAAAAAUUACACGACUAGUGGUUGUAUAAUAAUACAUAUACAUACAAUGAAAUUUAUAAAAUGUUUUUACUAUAUUCUAAUUAUUUUAUUAUUUUUUUUUUUGGUAACUAGCCAAUUACAUUAUUUACAUCAUUCGACAGUGAUUAGACAAAUACAGAAACAAUAGAAAAAUACAAAAAGAUAAUAGAAAUACAGAAAAAAAAAUUAAACGGCUAGUUGUUUUAUGUUGAUACAUAUACAGAUAGAGGAAACAUACCUCCAGAGAGUAGCCAGGCCAAGAAGCGAGGCAAUCCCCAUCUUCAAGGCACUGACCCACAACCCUAGGGGGUAGAGGUUUGCACACGGGCGGCGGCGGCAGAGCGCAUGCGUUUCUGGGCCUCAACCCAGAUUUUAUCUCUUAUCUGAUAUACAGUCAAGUCCCGCCACCUCUCACGAACGCCGUCCAUUUGCCUUAGUUUGGCUCUAAUUCCCGAAAUUGUCGGCUUCCGACAGGUUGCAACUGUAAGUUCUAUUUCUACUGCCCAGUCGUGUUUUAACUGGGCAAUUCCGUCUGCUGACCACCGGCGUCUGGUCUUUAUCUUUCCACCGGGCCCUGUGACUCCGGUCAUCCGGCUAAAAAUGCUGGAAGUAUCUGCUUCGUCGCGGGGGGCAUUGCUGGGCACUGAAGGAACACCCAGUGCUGGGUCCUGUUGAGCAACCCAGUUUAUUAUUAGCUCGACUAUUCAUAGAAUAGUGAGCUAUUGCACUCGCCCAUGCGUCGGCGUCGGCAUCCGCAUCCCGAUUUUGGUUAAGGUUUUGUAUGUAAGCUGGUAUCUCAGUAACCACUUGUGGGAAUGGAUUGAAACUUCACACACUUAUUCACUGUGACAAACUGACUUACAUUGCACAGGUUCCAUAACUCUAUUUUGCUUUUUUACAAAAUUAUGCCCCUUUUUCGACUUAGAAAUUUUUGUUUAAGGUUUUGUAUGUAAGCUGGUAACUCAGUAACCACUUGUGGGAAUGGAUGAAUACUUCACACACUUAUUCACUGUGAUGAACUGAUCUACAUUGCACAGGUUCCAUAACUCUAUUUUGCUUUUUUACAAAAUUAUGCCCCUUUUUCGACUUAGAAAUUUUUGUUUAAGGUUUUGUAUGUAAGCUGGUAUCUCAGUACUUACUAAUGGGAAUGGAUCGAAACUUCACAUACUUGUUCACUAUCAUGAUCUGACAUGCACUAAGCAAGUCCCAUAACUCUACUCUCUUUUUUUUCAAAAUUAUGCCCCUUUUUCGACUAAGCAGUUUUUGGUUAAAUUUUUGUAUGUAAUCUGAUAUCUCAGUAUCCACUAAUUCGAAUGGAUUGAAACUUCACACACUUGUUCACUGUCAUGAUCUAACAUGCACUGUGAAGAUCCCAUAACUCUACUUGGCAUUUUUACAAAAUUAUGCCCCUUUGACUUAGCAGUUUUUUGUUAAGAUUUUGUAUGUAAGCUGGUAUCUCAGUAUCCACAAAUUGGAAAGGAUUGAAACUUCACACACUUGUUCACUGUCAUGAUAUGACAUGCAGUACAGAGGUUCAAUACCUCUACUUUGCAUUUUACAAAAUUAUGCCCCUUUUUCAACUUUUGUAUUCAUUCAAUUGACAAGGCUGUUGAAUAGUCGAGCGUUGCUGUCCUCCGACAGCUCUUGUUCUAUGGUCUGGUUGUUGCCUGGAGAUAGGCUCGAAUUGAACAGGUGGGUAUGGUUCCCUUACGUUAGGUGAUCCAACAGAUACUUGAGGCAUGUCCCUCAGGUAAGGGCUACUGCCCUCCGGAGGCAAGUCAAUCCCUCUUGAUUUUAGGGAUGUUGCGGAUGACCAUCCCUCCGAAGGUACAGGCGUGUUUGAUUGUGGUGAUGGUUGCAAAGGGACAGCAUAAAAGUCCGUCUCUAAAUUAGAGGGGAAGCGUGGGGGCACAAACUCUCCCAAAGGGGGUGGAAGUGGAGCCUCUUCCUCAUGUGAUUAUUCGCCUUGCGCUGUCGCACUCGGGGCUGUCAAUUGAUCUGGGAAGGGUGGAGGCACAAACUACCCCAAAGGGGGAGGAAGGGGAGCCUCAUCCACAUCGGACACAGGUCCUGGCGCUGUCGCACUUGGGACUACCGGAAGUUCCGCAAACUCAGCCUGGAUAUUAGGUGGGGUUGUCCCCCUGCGAGUUCUAGAGUCCAUUAUAUUUCGAAGCUUUACUGCUGUACUGUGUAAUAGAUACGUUGUUUUGUUGUUGGGGAAUAGCGAAAAGUCAGUUUAUGGUUUUUUAUGUUUAUUAAAAUAAUAUAUCCAGAAUAAAAUUUAAGAUGUUGUCAGGUCUAUAGAUUCUAGCAAACUGAUACAGAAAUACAGAGGUACAGAAAUAUAAUUGUUUAAGCAAUUACAAAGGCAGCAUUCAAUGACAUAUCAAAGAAACAAGAAUAUUGAAU